AUGUCCUCAGGGCAAGUGACGAGCGUGAUCAUGUCCACUAAAACCGACGAUAUCCAAGGAUCGUGCAACUGCGGUUCCAUCACUGUCACACUCAAAGAGGGAUUUGUGGAGGGGAAACAUGCUGGCGUAGCCUGUCACUGCUUGAAUUGUCAAAAGACCACCGGUUCAUUGUUUGCUUACCUGCUCCCUGUCUCGCGUUCCGACUUUACAAUCUCCGACCCCUCCUGCGUCCUCCGAACCUACGCUCAACACGGGACUGAUUCCGGCAAGCCAAUGUAUCGGCAGUUCUGCGGAAAUUGCGGCUCCAGCAUCUUGUCGCUUCCCGAUUCCGAACCGGAUGGGGCGUAUCUCAAGCUCUCUCUGUUCGGAAACGACCUCCCACCGGCCGUGGAGCUCUACACCGACUUCGCCAAGCCCUGGGAAAAGUCGCUAGCGGAGCAUCGCUUCCCCCGAGCGAGCACGUAG